AUGGCUGCCUCGACCGCCAUAACCGUGGCGUACGGAGCUUCGUAUUUAGUUCCUUUACCCAGCGCAUUUGCAAUCUCUUCCCGGAGAUUCUCUUCACUCUCGUCGCCGAAUAAAAUUUUGGACCUCAGUUAUCUGCGGCGGAGAGUCAAUGCACCAUCGCCGACCCCGAGGCGCGUCGUGGUUCGUGCUGCCAGAACUGAAUCACGCGAAGUCAAACUAGGUGCUCGAGCUCCCGAUUUUGAGCUUCCGGAGCCGCUCACUGGAAAUUUGUGGAGAUUAGAUGAUUUCGAAUUGUAUCCGUGUCUACUGGUUAUGUUCAUCUGCAAUCACUGCCCGUUUGUGGUUCACUUGAAGAAAGACAUUGUAAAGCUCUCCAAUUUCUACAUGCAGAAAGGCCUUGCUGUUGUUGCAAUAUCUUCGAAUUCUGUAGUGACACAUCCUCAGGAUGGGCCAGAGUUCAUGGCAGAAGAUGCAAAAAAGUUUAAAUACCCAUUUCCUUACUUGUACGAUGAGUCACAAGAGGUUGCAAGGGAAUUUGGAGCUGUCUGUACCCCUGAGUUUUUCUUAUACAAGAAGAAUGGUCGUAGGCCUUAUGAGUUGGUCUAUCACGGCCAGUUUGAUGACUCCAGGCCUAGCAAUAACAUACCAGUAAACGGGAGGGAUCUAAGCCUGGCGAUUGAUCUUGCUCUUAGCUGCCAACCAAUACCAUCAAAUCAAAAGCCAAGUGUUGGUUGCAGCAUAAAGUGGCAUCCAGUAACAGAAUCGUGA